AAAGAAAAAGAAAAAAGAAAAAGAAAAAUCUCAUUCUGUCUCUGGUGAUCUCUCCCGGCAUACGCCGCCCACAGCCAAAGCCACACGGCCGGCAACGACGAUUCUCUCCUCUGUUUCUCUCGACGUAUCAUUUUCGCAUUUUCCUUGAUGCCCACCAAGUGGAAAGCAGAAUAUCAGAGGAAUCCGUUGUGGUUUUUUUACGAAUCCGCUCUCUAUCUGUUUUGGCGAUUCUCAACUUUCCUCCAAAGGAAUAAGCAGAGAAGGAGAAUCUGUGAUCUCAUAAGACAUGAAUUCCAGAAGGGAUCACCGAGGCAAUAGAGCUGCCACUUUUGAUGGCAUUGAGGAGGGUGGUAUCAGGGCCUCGUCUUCCUACUCCCAUGAAAUUGAUGAAGUUGAUAAUGAAACUGCAGUGGAUGGACUGGAAGAUAGAGUUGUUAUGCUGAAGCGAUUGACGGGUGAUAUACAUGAAGAGGUAGAGAGCCACAAUCGCAUGCUUGAUCGUGUGGGGAAUGAGAUGGAUGCAUCAAGGGGAAUCCUCUCAGGAACCAUGGAACGGUUCAAGAUGGUGUUUGAGACCAAAUCAAGCCGGAGGAUGUUUACGCUUAUUGCAUCGUUUGUGGUCAUUUUCCUAGUCAUAUACUACCUGACUAGGUAAAUAAUACACUAUGAAGGGUGUGUUAAAAGCAGCUAAGUUUUAUGUUAGAACUGGAAAACCUCUUUUAAUUCUGUUAGUUUCUUCUGUUUAUAAGAUACCGGGACCGUGAGUUUGUGUAAAAAGAUCUUUCGAUGUGUUGGACGGUCAAUGCAUGGAGCAGGGUAGUUGGUAUGCCAUUUGCAGCAUACCAGCAAGCAUUACAGUAAAUCUCCACGCCCCUGAAUUUGGGUCACUGCUUUCCAGCCAGUUUAAUUUGUUUGGGAUGAGGAGGGGUGUGGCGGCCUGAGCUUGGUGAGCCUUGUGAGCCACAAUCCCUGCUUUAUUUUGGCUGAGAAAAACAGGUAUUGAAGAUAAAAGAGUAACAGAAAACUUGUUUAUUAGUUUAUUUGUCUUGGGUUUGUAGUGGUAAGUACAGGUUUGUUGGUUUAAUGGGAUUAAAAACAGUCACGAAAGACUUCCCAAUGUCGAUACCAACAGGCGUUCAUAAUUCAAUUCUAACUUUUCUUCAUA